AUGGUAGGACUGGGAAGCAGCUGCAGAGGGAUGAAGUCUCCACCUCUCCUUGUGGCUGCGCUUGUGGCAUGCAUCAUUGUUCUGGGCUUCAACUACUGGAUUGCAAGUUCUCGCAGUGUGGAUCUGCAGGGUCGGAUCAUGGAACUGGAAGGCAAGGUCCGCCGGGCAGCCGCGGAGAGAAGCGCUGUGGAGCUUAAGAAGAAUGAAUUCCAAGGGGAGCUAGAGAAGCAGCGGCAGCAGAUAGACAAAAUCCAGUCCUUGCACGGCUUUCAGAUGGAAAACGCCAACAGAGUGCAUCAGGAAGAGAAGGCAGUGCUGAUGAGUAACAUCACAGUAAAUGAACAAUUGAUCCACAGUCUACGAGAGCAUUUGAAAGAGUUACAGGCAGAAUAUGGAAAGCUACAGUUGGAUGUUUACUGGCUUCAGAAGAACCAAACUAACCUUCAGAAGAAGUUCUCAUAUGACCUGUCACAGUGCAUCAACCAGAUGAAGGAAUUAAAAGAACAAUGUGAAGAAAGGAUAGAUGAACUUACAAGAAAGGGUAGCGAUCAACCACAAAUCAAAGAAAGCAAAGACUUCUCAGAAGAUCAAAAAAUAAAUAGUCAGGUCAGUACUCAACCACCAGCCACGAAGCAAACAGAGUUCAAGCACCCUGACCUGGAACGACAGAAACCAAAUGAAGAUGUACCUAAAGUAGUAUCUACAGUAAGAAAGACAGACCUGCUGCAGGCUAAAGAAAGAAUAAAUGGCCUAGCUGACAUCAGAAAACAGGAGCCUAAGGCAGAAGAGGAGAAGCUUUCCAGUCAGCUGAAAAACCCACAGGAUGUACCCAAGGCUGCUGCAGGUCCUAAGGAGCUACUGCCUGAGUCAGAAAAGGAGCUGAACCUAUCUGAAGACGAAAACCGUGUAGCGGGGCAAGAUGCGUUGCAGCCAGCAGCAGAGCAGGCUGCCAGUGAAGAAUUUGAGAGAGAGCAGCUCCUAAAUUACGAUGCCAAGCAGGACGACUCGCCCGCGGGAAAGGCCGACAAGCAGGAGAAUGAAGCACUGAGGCAGGACAAGGAUGUCGAUUACAGCUUAGACCAGAACGAAGCUGAAUCAGAAAUGGACAAGCAAGCGGUGCUUGCCGGGGUUGAAAAUGUUCAAAACCCUGAAGAUAUGAAGAACCACUUAUCUGAGCAUGGUGAAGAAUGA